UGCGCACGGCGGGGCGCGCGCGGGCCCGACCCGCCGCCCCGAGCGAGGAUCUCCUGGGAGGGUCGCACCCGGGGGGGCUGCGGAAGAGAAUUCCCUUUGGGCACCGUGGCUGGGACAAGGCUCACACUCUCUGGGUGUUUGGGCAGGACAGGUUUUACUCCCAGGAGCAGGAGCAGCACCCAGGGCAGCAAUGGAGCGCCUGGCCUCCUUCAGCAAUGACCCCUUUGACAAGCCCCCAUGCCGAGGCUGCUCCUCGUACCUCACGGAGCCCUACGUGAAGUGUGCCGAGUGUGGGCCCCCUCCCUUCCUCCUGUGCCUGCAGUGUUUCACCCGAGGAUUUGAAUACAAGAAACAUCAGAGUGAUCACACCUAUGAGAUAAUGACGUCCGAUUUCCCUGUCUUGGAUCCCAACUGGACAGCUCAGGAGGAAAUGUCUCUCCUCGAAGCUGUGAUGGACUGUGGAUUUGGGAACUGGCAGGACGUAGCCAACCAGAUGUGCACCAAAUCCAAGGAGGAGUGUGAGAAGCACUACAUGAAACACUUCAUCAACAACCCCCUGUUUGCAUCCACGCUGCUGAACCUGAAGCAGGCAGAGGAGGUGCAGCACCACGAGACAGCCAUUCCCUUCCACCCUGCUGAUGAUCCCCCACGGCCGACUUUUGAUUCCUUGCUCUCCAGGGAUAUGGCUGGGUACAUGCCAGCCAGAGCUGACUUUGUUGAGGAGUUUGACAACUAUGCUGAAUGGGAUCUGAGAGAUAUUGAUUUUGUAGAAGAUGAUUCAGACAUUUUGCAUGCUCUGAAGAUUGCAGUUGUAGAUAUCUAUCAUUCCAGGUUAAAGGAAAGGCAGAGAAGGAAAAAAAUUAUACGAGAUCAUGGCCUGAUCAACCUCAGAAAAUUCCAGAUCCUGGAGAGGCGAUACCCGAAGGAGGUGCAGGACCUGUACGAGACCAUGCGGCGCUUCGCCCGCAUCCUGGGCCCGGUGGAGCACGACAAGUUCAUCGAGAGCCACGCGCUGGAGUUUGAGCUGCGAAGGGAAAUAAAGAGGCUCCAGGAAUACAGAGCAGCAGGAAUCACCAAUUUCUGCAGUGCCAGGACCUACGACCACCUGAAGAAGAGCCGGGACGAGGAGCGGCUGAAGCGCACGAUGCUCUCGGAGGUGCUGCAGUACAUCCAGGACAGCAGUGCCUGCCAGCAGUGGCUCAGCCGCCAGGCAGACAUUGAUUCCGGCCUGACUCCCACAGUACCAGUUCCCUCAACUACAGGCAGACGGAGCGCCCCACCUCUGAACCUCACAGGGCUGCCAGGGACAGAGAAACUCAACGAGAAGGAGAAGGAGCUCUGUCAGAUGGUGAGGUUGGUCCCUGGAGCCUAUUUGGAAUAUAAAGCUGCUUUAGUGAACGAGUGCAACAAACAGGGGGGCCUGAGACUGGCGCAGGCUCGAGCCCUCAUCAAGAUCGAUGUGAACAAAACCAGGAAAAUCUAUGACUUCCUGAUCAGAGAAGGGUACAUCACAAAGGCCUGAGGACAGGCAGCUUUGGCUGGAGCAGGCAGAUGUGGAGAAGCUUUGAAGUCACUUUGACAGCGCUGAAAGAUUUUACCAGUGUUGAAUGAAGGACAUUUCCUUUUGUUUGAAA